AGCCAUCAUACCAAUAUUAGUCAGAGCAGUUCCUUGUUUACCUUUUCUCACCAAACGUGUUUUUCACAAGUUCGCUGCGAGUGUAAUAAUUUUUUUUUAACAGAACGUGUGCACCAUGAUUGCUUCAUCAUCCGACGAAGACGAUGUUGAUGAGGCUGGCGAUGUUGACGAACAUGCACAAGAACUUCUCAGUAUUUACCAAAGAAGCGAGCAGACAUACUCUACGACUACGGCUCCUUCGCCCAGCGUAAGUCCUUCUCUGCACACGCCGAGCCCUACACUCUCCGUUGUAUCAGAUGCCACAUUACAGGAGCAACAAGAAGACGAUGAAAGAAGAGAGAGACUGCAGUUGUAUAUUUUCGUUCUGCGCUGCAUCGCUUAUCCCUUCAACGCCCGACAGCCAACAGAUUUGGCACGAAGACAUGCACGGGUUAGCAAACAAGACCUUGUGAAAAUAAAACAACGAUUUGAAGAUUUCCUCAAAGGUGACACAAAAAUUGCUUCUGAUGAGGCGUUUUAUAACGCAGUAAGAGCCUACUUCGAUAUAUUUAUUUGCAGCGAGAGAGUGCAAAAGAUGGUAAUCAGUGGCGGGUGUUCGUCGAAUGAUUUUCGUGAGGUUUUCAAGGCCAUGAUCGAGAAACGCGUGCGAAGUCUUCCUGAAAUAGACGGUAUUAGCAAAGAAACUGUGCUAAGCUCUUGGAUGGCGAAAAACGAUGCCAUUUUUCGUGGAGAAGAUGAUCCAAAAAAGGGCCCAAGAAUUGCGGCCUCGGCAGCAUCUGAACUGAUUUUGUCAAAAGAGCAACUCUAUGAAAUGUUUCAAACCAUUUUGGGCGUCAAAAAAUACGAACACCAAAUAUUGUUCAAUGCCUGUCAGGUAAUCUUAAGUUCUGGAUAAUUAAUGGUUUACUAGUUUCAUAAUUGGACGUCUUUUUUUUAUUGUUAGUUUUUGUCAUAAUUUAUCUGUCUAUUGAUUUUACGAGUGGAUUUGCUUAUGUACUUCGAGUGUAGUAAUUUUAAGGACGCGAACAAACAGGAUUAAUAACUCAGACAUCCACAUAUUUUCUAUAACGACAUCUGCCGUUUUUUAUGGUAAUUUAUGGACUCACUGAUAAAUUCUGUCUUAUCAGUAAAGCGUUUCGAAACUGCUUUGAUGUGAAAUUAUCAUUACUGAUUCGAUUCAAUUAACACAACUAAAAUUUUGGUCAGCUGAAAUGUUUGCCUCAGAGUAUAAAAUAGAUUUGAGACGGACAAAAUUAAAAUUUUAAUAUUGUGAAGAGUCAAAAAUAACAUUUAUAUUUCAGACGCAUGAUUUUUGCAUAAAUUUGCAGCAUCACUAUUAAGACAAUUCGCCUAAUGAGGAAGUGUUAAAGACAAUCGCCUAAUGAGAAAGUUUUAUUGACAGAAUAGAAAACUUUUUGAUACGAAAUUACUUGAGAUAAAUCUACUUUUCAAUUUUUUAUAUGUUUUUCUUUUUCAAAUCACAUAAGGUCAAUGUUGAUGUAAGCAGAUCUUGACAUACCCAGUGAAAUUUGUAAAUUAAAAACUUAAAACAUGAAUCUUGUGAACAAGUUCUAGCUGAUAUUAACUGAUCACGUUCAGAUGAAAAUUAAACUUGUACUAUACUCCUUGCACAAGUAUAAGCCAUUCUUAUUUUUUGCCAGCCAUUUGAGUAAGCUGUAGAUGGAAAUAAGUUGAAGAAAUUUAUCAUUCCAUUAUUCUAAGUUUUUUUAUUAAUUUGUUUUUAAAUCAUAUAAUUAUGAAUUUUUCAGCUUGACAGUGCUGAUGAACAAGCUGCAUGUAUUCGUCGAGAACUGCAUGGAAGAUGUAAAGCAAUUAUAAACCAGAGGAAGGUAUAUUUUUUCCCCUUUUUUUAUCAUAUUUUAUGUAUCUAUUUUUUGUUUCAAUGUUAUCUGAACUUCAGUUUUUAUUUGCCUUAAUUUGGUUUUAUCUUCCUCUUUGUCUACAAGUCAUUACACAACCAAAGUCCUCCCUACAUUAAAGAUCUUUUGUCCCUGAAACCAGCUACUAACUCUGCUCUUCGCUCAUCUGCUCAAUCUCACUUGGGGACAGGGCCUAUACUCAUGCUGCACCUGUUUUAUGGAACUCAUUGCCAUUAACUAUAAGAACAAGUAGUAGCUGCACCAUUUUUAAAAAGCAACUUAAAACAUUUCUAUUUAGGAAAGCUUUCAGUUUGUUUCAAUAGUUCUAAUGUUUAUUGCCUUUGAAUAUUUUAAUUUUAAUUAGUAUAGAACAUUAACUUAUGUAAAGUGCUUCUGAAUAUUGUUUAUAGUUUUAGUGCUCUAUAAAUCCCUUAUCAUUAUCAUUAUCAUUAUCAUUAUUAUCAAUUUAGUUGACUAAUAAAUGUAAAUGUGCACCUGGAAAUUGUUUCAAAAGCUGACGUUUUGAGCAAUAGCCCUUAGAUAGAGCUUAAAAACAUCAGCUUUUAAAAAACCUUGGCCAAUUUACCUUAUCAACUCAAGUUAUCUUACACCCUCUAAUAAGCCCUCUCUCUACUAAAUCCUCUCUCUCAUAAGCCCUCUCUCUAAUAAACCCUCCCUCUGACAAGCCCUCCCUCUGAUAAACCUUCUCUCUGAUAGGUCCUCUCUCUAAUAAGCCCUCUCUCUGAUAAGUCCUCCUAUGAAGUGAGCCCUCCUCUAAGAGACCCUCUAUCUCUAAAGGGCUCCCUCUCUAAUAAACCCUCCCAAAAUACUUUUGUCUCAUAGCAUCUCUCUGUAAAAUGUGUAACAGGUGUCAGAUCCCAUUAACCUGACAGUUAUUUUAUUGGCAGCGUCUGCCAGGCUUUGUACACAAAGACAUGGAGACUCUGUUUGUUGAGGAACAACAGGCUGCUAUCAGUCAACUGAUGGGAAACUUGGAGAGUCAACCAGUGACAAAAGGUUUAUCAGACUCCAAGAUUUCCAUGCCAUUUACCAGAAUCAAAGGGUGAGUAGCACCUUGGCCUUGAUGGUCUCAUUCUUCUCCCCUAUUUUUCAAUGAAAAAAAGUGGGUAUUUAUUUGUUGAUUUUAUCACCAGACCCCAGCACACAAUCUCCAUGGUUGAAGUUGCUGUUGAUGAUGUGGAUUCAGUGCUAUCAAAGUCUGAUGUCAUGUUGAAUUUCACUAUUGAGGUAAAAAGUGAAUGUGAUGUUGACAGAUUACAGAGCGCUGAAUUAGUGUACAUAUGUAGCUAUGUCCUAUUAUCUUUUGGACAGAGAGCAGGGAGAUCUUGCUGCAUUAUACCAAUGUAAAGGUGAUUUCAAUAAAGGCUCUAGAUGGCUCCUUGUGUUUUGCUAUAGGUGAUGGUUCCUUUCUGCAAGCCAUUAAAGAGACUUUUACUUUAUAUCCAGCAAUAAAAUGGCUUGCAUGCUAACGAGAGGGAAACUAUAAAAAUUUAUUAUUGUGAUGUAGAUGUGGUGAGAGAGAAGAAAUAUAAAAUUUUUGGAAAUAAAUUGUAGGCUCGGCAUUUCAAAAUUUUCCUUGAAUGAGUCAAAUGAAUACUGUUUCUGGAUAUCAAAAGGCUUUGACACAAAUGAAAUUCCCCUAAAAUUUCAUUCUUGGGCACCAAUUUUAAUUUGUCCUUUUGUAAAGAUUUUUCACUCGCUUGCUGUUAAAUUGUUAAGGUAAGGUCUAAACAUCCCACAGCUUUUUAUCCUUAAUGUAUAAAUCUGCUUGAUGUUUAACUCUCCCAGAAGUAAGCAUUUACAGUAUUUAUCAGCCACUUUUGUCUUGAAGCCAUCUGAUGAUUAUUGUUGUUUUAUUUCCAGGUGAUUGUGAUAGAGGCCAAAGGACUGAAGUCUCUUUCACCAGUGAAAAUUGUUUACUGUACUAUGGAGGUAAAACACAGAGCAUUUCUGGUCAAUUUUAUUACUUUACAGAGAUGUUAACCCUUUACACCAUAACAUGAAUAUGCAUAUUCUUCACACUGUUCUUUAUACAUUUCCUAAGGUGCUGACAGGGAGAAUUUGUUUGCCAAUCAAGAGGUUCCUUCUCUGAAGACCAUUUCCUUUAUUCUCAUGACCUUAAUGUGUGAUUCAGUUCCACCUUUUUACACAGAAUACAUGUCAAUCUAUAUGCAAUUUAUAUAAUAAGUUCAGUUAUGCACGCAUUCUGAUUGGUUCUCACUUAUGAUCUAUUGGAGGACAGACGUAUAGAUGACAUCAUCAUUAAAACUUUUUUCCCCCAUAUUUUAAUUCUUUAUUAUAUAAAACAAAUAGAUUCCAAAUUGCCGUGCAUCUGUUCAGUAACAGAUCACAGAGGACGUCAAAAUGUGGUAAGAACACCAGUGGCACACGAGGCGCAGCGCAGCAGUUAAAUGGAUACACAUUGCAAUAAUAUGGAAUGACAUUGAGUAAUCUUUCUAUUUUACACCAAGGUGGAAGGUGGAGAGAAAUUUCAAACUGAAUACGUGGAAGCAAGCAAACCUUUGUAAGUACAACAAGACAAUUUGGUUUUAUCAACUGAGUUCAUAAUGUAAAUAUGCUGCCAUUGUGAGUUUCUUAGCUGAUGUUUCAAGCAUUAGCACUUUAUCUGAGAGCUCAUGGAGGAAGGUGUAGGUACAAAUUGAGUGAAUGAGUAUAUUUUAACCAUUUCAAUCCUAGGAGUGACUAGCAUCUAAUUUCUUGUCACAAUACCACCCCUUCCUGACGUACCCUGCUUAUUUGAGGGUUUCUCUUAAUCAACCAUUACUUCAUGUUAUCAGAUUGUAUGUGGGUACAAUUUAUUCCAUUUGCCCCGUAGUCUAACAAAAUAUCUUGAGGUUUCAUUUGAAGUUCAUCAAUUUCACAAUAAUUUAUCUCAUAAGGGGAAUCCCCCUAAGCACUUUCAGAAUAGUUUAUUCUCAAGGGAAUCCCCCUUGAGCACUUUUGCAAUAUUUUAUCUCACGAGGGGAAUCUCCCCACUAUUUUGGUCUCAUCAGUAAUUGAUCUCUAAUAACUAUGAAAGCUUGUGUUUUUGAUAUAGCUGGGACUCUCAAGGUGAUUUCACCACUUGUCACCCUCGACCUGUCGUAAAAGUCAAACUUUAUGCUGAGAAUACAGGAGUUCUGGCACUUGAUGAUAAAGAGCUGGGAAAGGUACGCAGUAUAAUUUGCUUGGGAGCUUUAAUUUUUUUUUUUUUUUUUUUUACAGUUUCCGUCCCAGUCAAUAUUCUGUACUUGUAAUCAAAUGUGUCCAGAGGCCUGUUUUACUCUCUCAGAUGAGCCAAGCCAUUAUUAGGUUAAUAUGUGAAAAGCUUUGUGUAUACUGCUGGGAUCCAUUCUGCAAUAGUUUGAAGAGAGUAGUAAAGAGUUAGAAAGUAUAGAAAAUUUUAAAAAUUGUGCGCACUUUGUGCCCAGUGUCGUGGCCAUGAUAUGACUCAACCUUUUAUCAUUUUUUCCCCUUAGGUUAUUAUAAAACCAAUCCCUGGUGGAUCAGAGCAGCCUGAACUGUAUGAUGUGGUGACACCCAAAGGAUGGGCUGGUGACAAAAUCAAAUUGAAAAUUGCUGUUAAGAUGGAUAAACCUGUGAACUUGAAAAAAUGCGGGUUUGUAGCGGAAUGUUAUAGCCUUGUUCUAGCAUGUGAAUGGGCCAUCAUCAUCAGCGCUGCAGGACGCGCGUUUCUGUGCUCGCUGAAAGAUUUGGUAUGAGUCGGUGAAAGGUUUACCGGGGUCGUGGAAACUCAGUGCCAGACCCCUUGCAGACCUCUCGCCGGCUCACUGGCGGCGCUCAAGGCCCCAUACUCUCCCGGGAAAAGAGUCGGACGUUUCGUCCUGACGAAGGGCUAACGCUCGAAACGUCAGCUUUGAAACCGUGGCCAAUUUACGUUAUCAACUUAGUUGAUAAAACCAAAUUACCCUGUUAUACUCUCUCAUGGACGUAGCACCACAGUUUCUUUAAAAACUUACCCUCUUCCUUCAUUUGUCGUUUAUGGGAAUGUUUCUAAAACUGCCCAAUGUACUGGAUAUGAACUGAUAAUGCAAAUUAUUUUUUUGGUUCAUUCAGGAUGAUAUAUGUUCAAGGAAAGACUGUGUGGAAAAAGUGGAAAAAGCGCUUUUUUGUACUAGUACAGGUAAGGUAUCUUGUUUAUUGUCUUUGAACGUAAACCUGAUCACCUGGUAAACUGAAGGAGUGUGUGGAAUAGAGCCAUAUUCUCCAGAGUUUAACAGGGUAAUUUAGUAUUAUCAACUGAGUUGAUAACGUAAAUUGGCCAACGUAAAGGGUUUCAAAGCUGACGUUUCGAGCGUUAGCCCUUCGUCAAUCGCACUGUCAAUUCAGUUUCAGCAAUCAAUUCAGUUGAUAAUACUAAAUUACCCUGUUAUACUCUUCCACCGGCGCAGCACCACAGUUUCUUUAGAAACUUAACCCCUUUAAUCGCCUGAGUUUAGCAGGUCACUCAAAAAAAUACCACUGACCAAACUCUUUGGCACGUAGCUGCAAGGUCUGGACAUUUCAACACAAAUGCAGUGAUGCUAAUGUGAGCUAAAAUGUCUAGUUAAUUUCUUGUGCUCGCUGGGUCUCAAGGCCGACUUUUGUUUUAUCUUAGAAAUAGUCUUGCCAAUCCUAUAUGGGUUUUGUCACCGAACACAUAAACGUUAGGCGAUUAAGUUUUUUACCUUUUAUAGGUGAGUCAUUACACCUUUGCCAUGUGCAGUUACCGUGAGAAGUCAGCUGAACCAACAGAGAUGAUGCACUUAGAGGGGUACACUGUGGAUUACUGUGAAGCAGUCAGUGGUGGGUUACUCGGAUAACAUGUCCGAUUGAUUUCAAUUGGUAUCUCUGUUCUCAACUCUUUAGUAGUGCAAAUUAAUAAUUAAGUAUUGUACAAACAUAUCUCUUUUGUAGGUGAAGAGCACAAAGGUGGAAAGUUCUUCUUCAAAGCCGUAAAGGAAGGUGAUCAAGUCUUGUUUGCGACUGAUGAGGAACUGGAGAGACAGAUCUGGGUUAAUAAACUUUACACUGCUACUGGCCAAUCCCACAAGCCCGUCGCUCCGAAUUUAUCAGCCAUCAGUGUCCAGCCACAUGUUAGCAACACCUUGACAAGACUGCAAGGAGGUAAGAUGUUGAGCAGGCUAUUGCGGGUAUAUAUUUUCAGUAAUGUCGGAGUUCCCUGUUAAUCUUUACACCCUAGCGUCUGUAUACGUAUUUUCCAUACUGUUCUCUUUGCAUUUCCUAAGAUGCUGACCAGGAGAAUUUGUUUAACAAUCAAUAGUUUCUUAAGUUGGUGAUCAUUUCCUUUAUUCUCGUGACCUUAACGUCGGUGUUUUUGUAGCUCCAGUUUACAAAAUGUUUCUUUUUCACACCCAAGCUCCAACCACUUUAAAGAGCGUUUCCUAAAACGUUCUUUCGGCAAUGGACGCAAUUUAUUCCAGAUUGGUGUGGACUGAAACCGUUACGGUAGCAUUUUAGCUUCUUUUGUGAUGUAGACUACAAAUUACUUUUUUGGUUUGGUAUUUGUUGUCUUUGUUCAUGUGUGUUUCUUUAUUUGACUCAUUAGAUCAUGACCGUGCUAGAAAACAUGGCCUUGAGGACUUGAUCCAAGCUGAUCCUAGCUUUUUUAAUCACCAUGUUCUGUUUGAGAAGCUUCAGCUUCUCACUCUAACACACAGACUGAACGACUCCUAUUCUUGUCUGGUAUGGAACCUUCAAGAUUUCUUUUGUAAUUCUCCUUUCUAGCUUCACUACUUCAGGUUGCUCGUGAGAAAUCGGUAUCCUGCAUUAUAAGCCGUCGAAUAUUUUUGCUCGACCACGAUUGGUUUAAGGGCGUCAUGUGAUCCGAUAUGCCCUAACUAAAACGGGGGACUUCGGCUACAGGUACAGGUGUUUUGUUAAGUUUGUUGAGCCACAAUGCUGUGUCAUUUCUUUUAGGGUUGGUUUUCCCCUGGUCAGAUAUUUGUGCUGGAUGAGUAUUGCGCUCGAUAUGGAGUACGUGGCUGCCACAGACAACUGUGUUACCUCAGUGACAUGUUGGACAGAGCAGAGGCUGGUGUAAUGAUCGAUCCCACCUUACUACACUACAGCUUUGCAUUUUGCGCAUCACAUGUGCAUGGGAACAGGUCUGUGUCUUUUUGAGAGAUGUGUUCACUCAUAACUCAGUAUGCGGCCCUAUCUCACUUGUGAGUUCUCAGAGAUAAAAAUAUUUUUUCCGCAUUUUCGAUCCAAGCGGUAUAAAGACGCUUGUCAGAUAUAAACCAGCUUCACUUCUGGCCUGACUCGGUUCUAUUCUUUUAUAUCAGGCCGGAUGGCUUAGGAACCAUCACAGUGGAUGAAAAAACCCGGUUUGAGGAUAUUAAGAUACGCCUCUGGAAUCUUCUUGCCUAUCAAAUCACUCGUUUCAGGUAUGAAUUAGAUACGAUAAGCAAGCUCAAUGACCAUGGCAGGAUUGCUCCACAUCUUUUCUUGUCCUUUGUGCCCUCGUUGCUCAUAAGUGGUUUUUUUUUUUCGCAGAUAUUCUUUUCCUUUUGGGAGACCAGAAGGGGCGCUUAAGGCAACGCUGUCCUUAUUUGAAAGGGUAACUUGAAUUUUAAAAUUUGUUCUUUGAUUGAUUAACACCCUCUGUGCGAUUUCUCCGCCAUCUUUGCGGUUCGUGUGCAACUAUUUUUUUGUCGCUGAAAUUUAUUACGUCACAGCUAAGUGGCCAGGUCGCUAAACAUUAAUCAAAAUAGCGGCUUCUGUGCUUGGAAGAAUGUUGGAAGAAAUUCGAUGCUGGUCUUUUUUAGGGGUUAAAGAGUUAAGUGAUGAAUCUUGUUAUCGUCGUUAGGUUAUGAUGAAGGAUAUUUCCACACCUGUUCCACCAGAGGAAUUUAGAAAGGAAAUCAGAAGCUGCCUUCAUCAAGCCGCUCUUGUUAAUUAUACCCGGGUCUCGGCUUAUGCAAAGAUUGAAGGUAGGUCUUGACUUUUUUUCAGGAAUUUGUUAAUCGUUUGAUCUCCUUGGAUGAUCUACCGCCGCCUGCAAAACCUCUCACUGCCGUCCGUUGAGCCCGCGAUCAACCUCACGUGUUUAAGUUUCGCCCUUACAGCACAGCCACCUCUUAUAGCAUCGGCAGCCACUCAUGGAAAACAUCAUUGAAACCUUCUGGUAUAUAUUUAACGCGUAAAGUUAAAAUAAGGCAUGAAUGAAGAACUUUACACAAACUUUUUAUAGUGCCUCUCUCUACUCAGCGGUGUAACGGCCAACAACAACAUAUAAGGGAUAGCUUACCAGCUGUCCUUCCUUUUCGGCGAAGCCCGUCGCGCAAGUCAUAAGGACUUUUCGAGCGCCUCACUCCAAGAGCUUCCUGCGGCGCGCUAACAUCAAUUUUUUUUUUCACUGUUUGUUAUUCGCGCGAAGGAGUUCGGCGCAGAAGAGGAACUGCUCGUAGUCUAUGUAAGGAAAACCUGAGAAAAUGCUUGGAUGGGGAGGAAAGGGGUUUGACGUGGGUGGACUGGUUCCCGUCUGGGGGUGGGGAGGGGUGGCAAUGUUCUUCGUCCUUCGACGUAACAGUAACAGGAUAACUCCACGCUCCACUCGCCUUGUAUACAGAACAAUAACAAAAUGGAUCCCAACGUUUACCUUCUAGAGUCAUCCGGAAAUCACGUGUCACCUGAGACUAAACUGAAUGACAUCAUGCAUCUGGCGGAACUGUGUAUUGAUUUACUCCAUCAGAAUGAAGAACAUCAUGCUGAGGUAUGGAGGUAUAUGGGCGUUAACCGAAUGGCAUCUUGUUCCUCAAAUUUUUAUUUAUUUUUCUUGUUUUCAUUUUUACCAACUCAGUGGAGUCAGAAUACUCGUUCCAAGCUCCUUACUUAAUCAUUAUGCGGCUAAUGUACGCAGAGCAUUCGAUUUUCUUUUCCUUCAACUUGUUUCAUUUUUCUUUAUGUCCAGGCGUUGGCUUGGGUUUCCGACCUGAUGGUAGAACAUCAGGAAAUCUUCUGGUCUCUGUUCACUGUUGAUAUGGAUGCUGCUCUGGCUGCACAGCUUCCCGACACAUGGGAGAGUUUUCAGCUGUUUCAACUGUUAAAUGAAUAUCUCUGUAAUGAUAGUAAGUAACAGUCAACGUUUAAAACCUGGGCCCAGUUGUUCGAUGGCCGGUUACUGCUAACCCUAGGCUAAACUUUAAUCCGGGUUUCUUUCUUCCUUUGUACAAAAACCUUCUCGGGAAAGUUUUCUCUUUUCUUUUAAAACAUCCAAUAAUCAAAUUCUACACCUUUUUUUCGUUAAAGCCUUCAGAUCUGAUAUCAGAUUUCACACUAAUCCUGGGUUAUCUUAACCCAGCUUUGAACAACCCGGCCCUGAACAGCAAGAACACUACGGAUGAGAAAAGAAACCCCUAACUUUUUGAUUCCUUGGAGUGACUAGCAUCUAAUUUCUCCUUAAAAUAUCCACCCUGAAUCACAACUUAAGCACACCGGAAUAAAGGAAAUUAUCACCAACUGAAAAAGGGCUUGAUUGUUAUACAAAUUCUCCUUGUCAGCACUUAAGGAAAUCUAUAGAGAGAAGUAUGGAAAACAGGCAUACUGAUGUUAGAGUGUAAAUGGUGCAAAGAUUCCAAGACAUGUAUCACUGUGAAGGAAUGGGCGCGCGAAAACUCGCUUUCUUUAAACGGAAAAAACACAAUAGCGGUCAACUGGAUUUGACGAAUCUUUUGCAAGGGAGGGGCGCUUCUUGAAAAUUUUGGUUGAUAAAAAGGGUUACUUAUUCAAGAGGAGGUGCUGAUGGAAGGAUUCGCAGUAUGCGUGUCUUAUUUUGCUAUGUUCUCUCCUGUUUAGCCAACCUCAAUCGUGGGAAAUUCCACCGUCAUUUACGAGAUAUGUUCGCUCCUCUUGUUAUUCGAUAUAUUGAUCUGAUGGAGUCGUCCAUUGCACAGUCACUGCACAAGGGGUUUCAAAAAGAGAACUGGACUCCCCUCAGGUUAGAGCCGUGAUAGUUUUAGACCUGUGCGAAAUUUUUUGUGAACAGUAAUCUUAUUUAUUCUGUAUCCCUUUUUGUAGAGAGGGGUGCCGUGCUUCGGAGGACCUGUUCUGGAAGUUGACUGUACUGCAACAGUUCAUUGCGGAACUAAACUGGCCCGAUGAGGUGUUAGCGUCUCAUCUUAUGAAGAGACUUAAGUUGAUGGCUUCAGAUAUGGUUCAGUCCUGUGUGAAAAGGUAAUUUUAUCGUAUAAUUGUUCAAUAUAUGUUUAUCGUUCGUUAUUUAUGAAAACCAAUCCUUGAAGGAAAAAAAACGCUUUGUGCAAUUGGUUGGAGAAGGAAUUCUUAUCAUCUUUUAGAUCCUAUUUUGUUUUGCAUGUAAACGUCAUAUGUGAGACGGGUUAUUUAUUUUGAUCAAAAUCCUGUUUUGAACAUGAUCAAUAUUUUACAAAAUCUUAACAUCCAAAACCUUUCCUAACCUUUAUACUCUCGUUGCUCUCAGAACGAAGGCCGCGUUUGACAAAUGGCUGAAACAAACCAGUUUCAGUCUGGAACUACUCGUACCCAGGACCGUCUGUGUCAUGCUCAACGUCGUCAUACAGGCUAAGAAACAGGUAAAUCCUGUUUAGAGUCCCGUUCCUAAAGAUUCAGGUCGCGCAAAACGUUUUUAUGCGCGUUACAAGAUGAGACCCAUUGCAUGUCAGUGUUAGUCUAAGGACUUCGUACAAACUCAUGGUCAGCGAUAACGUUUUGGUGUCCCAGAGUGCUCUAAUUCCCUUUGUUUAGUGGACGUUUUGUUAUUUCUUAUGUCAAGUCGUGAGUGUUGUUUUGGCUAUUUUUCCCAAAUGAAUUAUGUUUUGAAGAGACCCUUCAAUGAUAGGUGACAGGAGGUUUCACUUGGGCGUAAAUUAGAGAAGUCUUUGAUUGAGAAUUAAAAGUAAAGUUAGAUUGCUUUGCUUUUAUCCCGUGAUUGGACCAGAGAAUCCUUGCCACCCUAGUUAUUGUGACCAACAGGGGUUUGGUUCUAGGACACUCAGUCGAAAUGCGUCCAAAGCGAACUGUUAAUUCAGUUUUUAAGAUAAUUAUACCACUCUCGUGAACUGGUUAGGAAAAUUGAAAUUGUGCCAGAGGACAAUUAAGGGUUCAAUAAAAUGUUUAGAAAUCUUGUGCGUUAAGAUAUUAUCUGUGUUAAUAUUUACAGUCCAGAUUCCUUUGUGCAAGGGAAGAGUCCGAGAGUUGCGAGGUAAAUAAAUGAAUAUAUAUAUCAGUUCUAUUUUAGCGUCGAAAAUGGCGAGUUUUACUCUAGUGUUGUUUUAGAACGCUUUGUGAUUGAUAAGAAAUCUACUGUGUGAGACAAAACUUAGAUUCAUUCAGUUCUUGGUUACUCGCACUUUUCCUUUCUUGAGCCCACUUUUGUUUCCUUGAGUUUCCAUCAGCUCCGUGUUGUGAUUACUUUGGUCGUGGGUUUACAGACAAUACCUAAAAAAGUGGUAUUUCUUUAUUGUAUUGAACAGAUUUUCUUUCUCGUUUUAUUUUACAGUAUCGGUAUCACUCAGAUGUCAACAUCUUUCUAAAGGAUGUUAUCCAAGAGAUGUUUUCAUCGUUUAUUUCCAAGGUUUGCAAGACGUUAUAAGAUUCCUUUUUUUUUAAUUUAUUCUCAUGUUUUGUUACACAGGAAACUGUUGUAAUCUUGUCUUUGCUCCUUCUAUUUUAAUUUAAAUCCGUGUUCAUUUAUCUUUUAGCUGAACACUGUGUUGGAAUCGUUGUUGUCAAAGGUGGCACGUUAUGACCAGGGAUCCAUACUUGCUCCGAUGUUCUCCCUGAGGGUAUAUUCAUUUUUAUUUCACCGCGGAGACUUGGUAUCUUUCUGGCCUAUUAGUGUUAAUGCGUUAAACACCUGAUCGCCGAAGUCGGAGUUCUCGAGAAAGACACGUUACUUUUACUUCGCCCUUCUUCGCGCGAGAGUACAGAGAAAUUUUCAGAUGACUGUCAAAAGUAAUCCGAUCAGCUUUGCUUUAGUUUCGCUUUGCGUCGCUUGUUUUUUAAUUCAGAAAACCUGCGUCACUUUUUCAACCGAUUAGAUUCAAAACUAAAAUCAAUUGCGCCUUUGUCCCUCGCGUUUUCCCGCGCUUCAAGAAGUCUGAUUGUUUUUCUUUCAAGUUCUCAUCUGUCGGUAAACCCUGAAAACCCCAAAGAGUGACCAGCAUCUAUAUCACUCUUGAAUCACACAUUGAGGCCCUGAGAAUGAAGGAACUGAUUAACCCUUUAACCCCCAAGAUCUCAUUAGUAAUUCUCCUUACUGUCUGUCAUACAAUUCUCAUGAUGUAAAUUUGGAGAAUUUGGUAUUGGAUCAAUUAAUAAUCCUUUAUUUGAUGUUUUACUUUAUUCUCAUCACUUCUAUGCUUGAUAUUGUAUUGAUAUUGUAAGGAGAAAUUCUGUCUUGGUCACUCUUGGUAGGUAAAGGGUUAAGAAGAACUUGAACACAUCCGAUUUUGAGGCUGGUUUAUUUUCAGUACAUUGACUUCUCUAUGAAUUCCUAAUUAUUUUCAUUUGAAUCACAUCCAAUAAACCACAGACUUAUAUAGGUAUUUAUAUUCCUAGACACUUAAUGAAUCUAAACUUAUAUAUAGAUAUUUCAAUUAACAUAGUAUUGUUUAUUUAACUAUUGUAAAAAAAUUAUAAAUUAUUAUUAAGCAGGUCCACAUCAGCUACGGCUGCCUGACUCUCAACCUGCAUUAACAAAUAAAUUAUGUUAAUUUAUGUUAUGUUAUGAUUGUUAAGCAAAUUCUCGUUGCCGUAUGUUGUUGUUCGUAUAGAGAACAGUGUGAAGAAUAUGCAUACUGAUGUUAGGAUGUAAAGGGUGAAAAAGUCAAUCCUUCAACCACGCUACUUCCGUAAUUUGCCCAAAAAUGCCCGAGUCUACAUUUGCUUUUUACAGAACCAAAUGGUUUUCGUCUUAAAAAUUUGCUUUCCUCACUUACGUUUCCAUUAUAUGGAAUAUAUACUGUUUUUCAUUGUACCACGUUUUUAAUGUGUGUGAUUCUGUUUUCAGAAUCCUGGUACAGAACUUGAAGAAUCCUACUUGAAUUUCGUCAAACUUAAUUUAGAAAGUUUCAGAGAUUACUUGAACGACGAGAAAAUGAAAAAGCAGUUAAUAAAGGUCAGUUAAAAGUUUAGCAUAUAAUUUAUACAAUUUUAAGGCAGAGAUAUACAGUAAUAUGCGUCUCCACCCUCGUUGUCCAGGAUUACGCACACUCUAAGUUUACCUCCUUAAGAAUUUUCAGCGUUUGCUUUGAUGCUUUCAGGACUGGUACACGUCCAUAAUAACGAAGAUAUUUGACUGGCUAUCGGACAGAAUGAACAUGGCGUUACACCAGUACCAGGUCCAGACUCUUCACGCACUUGCGGCGGUAAGUAAUGUCACGCAACUCAUCCCGCAUAAUUUAUGUCACGUAACGUUAUGCAUAUCUCCCUGUUCUUUCUUUUCGAGUGAUUUUCUUUACAGAACUUUUUGGAAAGAGAUUGUUUAGUGUGAGCGUGGUGGUUACAAACAAUCCUUUUUAAUCGAUUAUAGUUUCCAACUAUUCAAUUUUCAUUUUUCAAUCUAUUUAAUCAUUUGAUCACCUGCUUUUUUUGUACUGUAGCAGUUAGCUAUUUUGAAUUUUCUAAGCAAGCUUGCAAAAAUUUCCAGGAGCUCCCGCAGUUUGUCAACGAGGACUUAUCGUCAAGCCGAGCCAUUUAUUCCCGCACUUACAAAACCAUGUUUUCUCGGAUCCGAAUGGAGGACGCCAUGUUAAAGGGUCAAAGCAUCUACGGCGCAGAGGAUCAGUCUUACCCCGGAGAGGAUGGGGAAGAUGACGGCAAGGAGACUGAGUCGAGUGACGAAGAAGCACUCAUUAGAUUGGAGACUGGAAACUAGUGUUUUGUUGGAAAUGUUGAGAAACGCUUUGUAAUCAGAUAACUAAUAGUUUAUUAAGAUAAUUUACGCUUAAGUAUUGGCGUAAACUAUAAUAAAUUAAAAUAUGUUAUUACUAUUAUUAUUAUUAUUAUUAUUAUUAAGCAACAUAAAAAUUUUCUGUAUGUUUUAUGAGUUCAAAAAUUUGUCAGAUGAAAGUAUUGGUAAAUAGAUGAAUGAGAUGAGGUGCCAGGAAGACUGUGGUGCUGCGUUGGUGAAGGAUUUUAUUGGGCAAUUCGGUUUUAUCAACUGAGUCGAUAAUGUAAAUUGGCUGCCGUACAGAGUUUCUAAAGCGGACGUUUCGAGCGUGAGUCUUUCGUCAAAUCGGGCUUAGGGUUAACACUUAAAAGAACUCUUUACGGUGGCCAAGGAACAUCAUCAUCUCAGUUAGUAAAACCAAAUUAUAGUAGUAAAUAGAGUUAUUUCAGAAAUCCCUUAACUAUUGUCUCUUCAGCAUUUCAAGUAGCAAGGUGUCUAGAAGUAAGAGGUAUUAUUUAGCCUCAAAUAAGUAAGUUAUUUGUUCUUAAUCUUGGCCAAGCUUUAGGAGUUACUAUCUUCGAGAAUUGUUCUUUCCGCGGUGAAGAUAGUAAAGUAAAUAUACUGUAGUCUUGAUAGCCUAAGAGGAAACUGUUCACAGGAAAAGGAAAAAAAGGAUAUUCAAUAAUGAAUUACACGCCUAUAUCUUGUUUUGAAGGAAAGAAUUAAUUCACCCGUUUGUCGUGACGAAAGGCCGGAAAAACAUUGAGUAUGUCUGGGCUUGGGAACCGCGCCUCGAGUACCACUUUGUUGUUCACACCUUAUUAUGACGUCAUCUGUGAUACAUAACUGAACAGAAGCACGACAACAUGGAAUCUGCAUGUUAAUUAGAUGGCUAUUAGCUUAACCAAUCAGAUUGCAGCAUUUACGAUACACCACUU